CGCUCAAACCAGCCAGCUGCUGUGUUGUCUUCCCUGCUGCACGUGUAGCACUACGCCUGUAGAGCUACUGUGGAACCACAAUUUUAGCUUGUGUUUGCUGAAGUAACGAAACUUUUUACGAGUUCCCUUUUUUUGUUGUGGCACUGCAAAACUUUUUUCGCAUGUGUCCACGGAGACAUCCGCCGACAGAUGCUGCUAGUUUAGGACACUUCCAUUUUUUCUUCGAAAAAUAACAAAAACUGAUUUGCCGCGCACACACCACAGCUCAUUUUCUUGUUGGAAUAUAUGGACAUGGUGACAUUGUUGUGAAGCGAGAAAAAAAACCCAAAGUUGCUGGAUUUGCUACGAGUCCCUAAGUAUGGUGGACAAGGGUCCGCUAUUGACAUCGGCAAUAAUCUUUUAUCUGUCCAUCGGGGCAGCGAUAUUUCAAGUUCUUGAGGAGCCCAAUUGGAAACUCGCCGUGAAACAGUACAGCGCUCAAAGGGAACAGAUUCUCAAAGACUACCCCUGUCUCACGAAAGAUGACUUGGACAAGAUUCUUGAGGUGGUAUCUGAUGCCUCAGGUCAGGGCGUCACAAUAACGGGAGAGAGAACCUUCAACAACUGGAACUGGCCCAAUGCUGUCAUCUUUGCUGCUACGGUUAUCACCACCAUCGGUUAUGGCAACAUUGCCCCCAAGACGGCUGCGGGCCAGGUGUUCUGCAUCUUCUACGGGCUGUUCGGGGUGCCGCUCUGCUUCACCUGGAUCAGCGAACUCGGCAAGUUCUUCGGAGGCCGGGCCAAGCACCUGGGUCAUUACCUCACCAAGAGGGGCGUGUCUUUGCAAAAGACGCGUAUGACGUGCACGGCCAUCUUCCUCCUGUGGGGGGUGCUGGUGCACCUUGUUCUUCCCCCCCUCGUCUUCAUGUCCCAGGAGGGCUGGACCUACAUAGAGGGGCUCUACUUCUCCUUCGUCACGCUCACCACCAUCGGCUUCGGAGACUACGUGGCCGGUGUGGAUCCCAAUGCAGACUACCCAACGCUCUACCGCUACUUUGUGGAGGUCUGGAUCUACCUGGGGCUCGCCUGGCUCUCUCUCUUCUUCAACUGGAAGGUGCGCAUGGUGGUGGAGGCCCACAAGGCCCUGAAGAAGCGCCGCAAGCGCCAGAAGCUCUCGCUGAGUGAGUCGCAGUACAGCUACAAGGACACCACCACCACCAGCUGCAAGAAGUCGCCGCUGCGCAGCCUGCCGCCCGCCGCCAACGAGGCCAACAUCUUCAGCUUCCUGUCCAAGCGCCAGGAGGGCUACAGUGACCUCAUCAAGCAGCUCGGCAAGAACAACAGCAACCGGAACGGCAGCCAGUCGGCCUCCAGCGCCGCCACCAGCCCCACCUCGCCCGGCGGACACAGCGUCAGCUUUAAGGAGACCAACAUUUCCAAGUCGACGACAACGGCGACGACGGUCACCGACGGUAAUGGCGGCGGUGGUGGAAUCGGGACGGCGGUAACCAACAGCAACGGGCACACCAUCCUGAACCUGGAGCGGUCGCCGCGUCAGAAGCGUCGCUACAGCUUUAGCGACCGCGUGACGGUGGCGUUCUCCAAGUCCAAGAGCUACUUCCUGGGGCAGGAGAGCGGGCGGCUGCUAAGCGACAUGCAGAGCGAGGCAGACGGGGAGGAGGAGGAGGAGUACGACGAGCGGCGCAGGAGGUACGACGAGAACCAGCUGGACAAGGAGGCCGGCGGCGGAGACCACAGCAGCAGCAGAGGGCUCGGCGGGAGGGCGAGGGGCAUGGGCACGGCUAUGGGCACCUACUGUGGCGGUGGGGGUGGCGGCGGCAUCGGCGGCGGCAGACUGUCGUGGGACGCCACGGACUACAAGCCCAUGGUGUUCCCCAACGCACCCAACAUCACCUUCAUCGACGAGGAGAACCUGCAGGGUAGCCUUGACGACGACGACGACACCACCGCUAACGACCCCAAGGUUAACUUAGCCGUCAUGGCGACUGACGACGACGAUAAUAAGAACUUGGACCUGGACUCGCAAACUGACAGCGAGUCACAAGAGGACGAUGACGAUGACGAUGACGACUCCGAGUCGGACGGGUCUGUGUUCACUACAGACGGGUCUGACCAUGGCCACUCCUACGAGAAGUUAGUGGAGGAGUACUCAAAAGAGGACAACACGUCCUGAGUCCUGAGACGGCGUACCAGAGAUUCUUUAAGUAUAUAGAGAUAUGCCAAUGUAAUAGGUUGCUAUGGGCACCUAACAUGACCAGGUUCCGGUCUGCCUAAAGGGGACGUGUCAUAAUACUCCUAGAAUUAAUAGAACAGUCCUUAGGUCUGCCUAAAGGGGGAUCCCCCCCCCCUCCUCCUUGCAAUAAUAGAACCCGGAAACAAUGGGCCAAUGGAACCUCUCUCUCUCUACUCUCUUUGGUCGUACUCUUUACCAAAGCAUCGUCUAUUCGAGUAAGAUAGCCCAAACCCUGACUACUGUACUGACCUUGAUGUUCCGUGUGGGACUCAUAUGUUGCCACAUUUCUUCUAGGGCUUUCAGGCCGACCAGAACGGAGCCGGUGCCAGUGUCCGCACCAGUUACGCUCGGCUCUAAAGUGCUUAUCUGCGAACCGCCCGUGUUCAUACCGGGCUCUGAACUUUAUCCACGCGUGACUGUGUUAUCCGGAUGAACCUGCUGAUGGCCGCGCUGUCAUCAGGGUUCGCGGAGAAAAACCCUGUAUUUUGCGGUUCCCAUUGCGAACCAACUUUCCGGUUCGCGAAAGCUAAAAUCUGUGGUGUGAACAUGAUGGCCGGUUCGCGAUUAGGUGCGGGAAUGGGCACCGGCACGGUUCUCAGUCAGCCUGAAUGCGCUAUUAGUAAAGUAAUAUGCCCCAAACCAAAGCCUACCAAAUGCAAAGAAGUGCAUUCCAAUAUGCGACCUUGCUUCCUCCACUUGUGCUUAUGGCCUCGAACCAGGAAGUAAUAUGUCAUGAUGACAUCACUGACAACAGCAUUAUAUUUCAAUAUCUUGCAAAAGCUCAAUUGUAAAGUCUUUUUCUCAUUUGCAAUUGGGAUGGUGAAUGAAAAACAGUCCCCCAAAAGUUGUUGUAGCUAGGCUGACAGCUGGGAAACUUUAUUGUUUUCUCAACGGAGGAGGGGCCAGGAGGUAGG